UAAUAAAAAUAAAAAGUAAAAAAUAAUAUGGGUGAUCGUGCUUAUGAAGCUCAAAUUGAUGAAUUAAUGCAAUGGUUUCAGGAAAAUGAAAAGCUGCCAAAGGAAAUUGAUCGGCUGUUGUUAAAAAGAUUUUAUGAGUGUAUGUACAGAAAUGUUGAAGACACGAAAAAAUUAAUAAGAAUUAAUUACAAAUUACGUAAUAAAUAUGAUCACAUCUUUCUGGAUAGGGAUCCAAAUAGUGAACAAAGUCAAAACACAUUUGCUUAUGCAGACCUUAUUCCACUACCUGGUUUAACACCGGAAAAUUAUAAAGUAUCAUGUUAUCGCUUACAUGAUUUUGAUCAUAAAAAGAUGAAUCACAUAGAAGAUACCAAAUCAUUCUUUAUGGUAACGGAUUGUCGUUUUUGUAUUCCCGAUUUACCAGAUUCUGAUCAAUUGUCCGAAGGUGAAGUACAAAUUUUUGACAUGAAUGGAUUUUCCAUGAAACAUUUCUCAAGAAUGACCAUCGGUACAAUGCGUAUAUAUUUGAAAUUUCUACAAGAAGCCUUCCCCGUACGUCUUAAGGCUGUACAUUUAAUAAAUUGUCCAACAUAUUUGGACAAAAUUGUAAGUGUUGUCAAACCAUUUAUAAAUCGAGAAGUUUUUAAAAUGAUACACUUUCACACAAAUGGCAUAAAUGGGCUCUAUGAGCAUGUACCGCGUAGUAUGUUACCAGAAGAAUAUGGUGGCGAUUGUGGUAGUUUUGAAAAACUUAAGGCACAAACUAUGUUACUUUUACAACAAAAACGAUCUUACUUGAUUGAUUCACAACAUUGGAAAAUUGAAUUAAAAUGUGAU